AAAUUUACUAUCACAUUUUUUAAAUGCAUGAACAAUUAAUAUCGUAUAAACUAAAAUGGAAUGACAAAUGUCCAAAUUUAGAAUCAUCGGAAUAAAAUAUACUGUGCGUGACUGCUUCCCGCUUAAAAGCAUGCACGCAAUAUGUCAUUGUCAGACAAUCGGUAGACAGACAAAAGGGUGCUUGCAACGCAAGCGCAAGCGCACAACUUUGCAAUCAAUGUCGAUGCGCCCACCUUGUCCAGUCUUAAACGAAACUUGUCAUUGUGAACACCAUGCCAAGUGCAUAUCGCGAUGAAUCUGCAGUAUCGCACAACUUUAACUAUCAACAAGAUAUUCGAUACAUUUUCAAAAUAAAUAAUUGGAUCCUGGGUUCGCUGGGUAUCUGGCCAGUAGCAAUCCGGGGAAUCGGACGACAUACAUCUAAAAUUGCAAUCGCGCUCUGUAAUCUCGCAUUAGCCUUUGCGAUAGUGCCCUGCGCUCUGCAUAUCGUUUAUGACGAAAAAGAUAUCACUAUGAGACUUAAACUAUUCGGUUUAUUGGCAUUUUGUUUUACUGCCAUGACGAAGUACUGCAUUCUCACGAUACGACGCCCUAAGAUACUGCGCUGCAUCGAAUAUGUGAAGAACGAUUGGUGGCAGGUGACAUUUAAAAGUGAUCGUAAUAUGAUGCUGAAAUAUGCUGCCACUGGUCGCAAUUUAACGAUAAUCAGCGUAUCUUUCAUGUACACUGCUGGCAUCAUUUAUCACAUGAUUCUGCCAUUCUGUACCGAGCAUAAAUUUAAUAAUCAAACCAUCAGACCACUCGUGUAUCCAAUUUAUAGUAAAUUUCAUCAGUCUCAAAUUAGCCCGAUAUACGAACUUGUGUAUGUAGCUCAUUGUAUGUGCGGGUACACCAUAUAUUCAGUGACAGCUGGUGCAUGCGGACUGGCUGCCUUAUUUGCUACUCACGCAUGUGGACAAAUUCAAAUACUUAUAUCGAGAUUAGAAAGACUUUUAGACAGUGAAAAAUUCAAACAAGGCCCGAAUGUUCAUCAACGAAUUGCUGCCAUCGUGAAAAAUCAUGUUCGAGUAGUAAGGUUUGCGGCUAUUGUAGAAAACGUUUUACAAGAAGUAUGUUUAGUGGAAUUCAGUAGUUCUGUAUGCACAAUAUGUCUACUCGAAUACUACUGUAUACUGGAUUGGCAAGCAGAUGAUAGAAUUGGUCUAGCAACUUAUUCUUUGCUCUUUGUUUCAUUUUGUUUUAAUGUAUAUAUAUUGUGCUAUAUCGGUGAGCUUCUCAUGGAAAAAAGCAGUCAAAUUGGAUCAAUAUGUUAUAUGAUAAAUUGGUAUGAAUUAUCACCAAACUCAGCUCGUAGUCUUAUAUUAAUGAUAGCCAUGGCCAGCCAUCCCAUAAAAUUCAGUGCUGGUGGAAUGGUAGAUCUAUCAUUAUCAACUUUCGGAAAUGUAUUAAAAACCAGUAUAGCAUAUCUGAGCUUCCUACGGACAUUAGUAAUGUAAAAUGUGAUUAAACUUAUGAUAAAGAGAUUAUUUUGAUGUUAAUAUGACUUACUUAUUCACAACAUGUAGAAAAUAUCUUGGUAUAUAUAUAUAAAUAAUAUUAUAUAUAA